AUGGGUUUUAUUAUGAAGGUUUCCUUGCUGUUGCUCUCUGUGUUCCAGCUGCUCCUGGUUUUCAGUGAAGGAGCCAAGAUAGAAAAAGCAAUGGUUUCACUGGAGGACCAUGGUAGUCGCCUCCGAGGCCUCUGGAAGCUGCACAUGAGGGACGUCCUGCUGAAAGGAAAAGCUUCUAAUCCUCGACCAAUCGGAGGAGGGAUCAAGCAGCAGCUGCUGUACUGCCGUGUGGGGAUCGGCUACCAUCUCCAGAUUCUGGCCAGCGGCUCUGUUGGAGGCGUCCACAAACCCACUGAGCACUGUUGGCUCAAUGUGUUUGCUCUCAAACAUGGAGUGGUGGGAAUAAAAGGAGUAAAGAGUGGUUUGUACCUUUGUAUGACCGGAGAAGGACUUGCCUAUGCAACGGAGCAGUUUUCUGACGAAUGCCUGUUGAAGGAGAACCUGGAGGAAAAUCACUACACCACUUACUCUUCUUGGUCUCACCCAGGAAUCUAUCUGGCUCUUUCCAACAAGGGAGAGCUGAGGAAAGGCAACCGUGUGGGCCGCCACCAGUCCUGCACGCACUUUCUACCUCGGAGGAAAUCAUGAUCACGGCCCAAUUAGGAAUUCAAGCCACAGACUGGAAAUUGGCCCCCACACAGCAUCAGUUUCUGCAAGACUGCAACAUGGAACAACCAAAAAUAGUAACACAUUCAAGAGUGUUACUUGCUAUAUGUAAGGGCAAUGAACAAAGCACAAAAGCUAUGUGACUCAUCUACUCAUUCUGCCACAAGCCAACUUGCUCAAUACAUGACAUAGUCUGAGGCUUCCCCAACACAUAUUUAUUGCUUGUGGGGCAAAGCAGCACUGUGUUAAUUGUGAUGGUAUGGACUCUACUAUCGAACACUGAGAAAAAAACACUCAACAGUAGCUGAUGGCACAAAAACAUUGUCUGGACUUUUGUGAUGUUUUCAAAAUGGCACAGGCAUGAUACGGAUACUGAAACCAAUUAGCUUUAUUUGUUUGUCCUCAAACCUGCACUAACCAAUACCUUUUUAGUUUGUAAUGAGAACAAGAAUUGUCUGUAUUUUUGUAUUGCUUCUAUUUAUUCUUUACAUUUUAAUUUUUCUUAGCGUAGUUUACUAAUUGUUUCAGAACAUAGUACUAACCUAUUCUCACUUUCAACUCUUCCAAUACUUAUAGUUAGAAAAUACCCCUCGGCAUUUUUUCAGUUUCUGUACCCUGCAAACCUAAAAGUAAAUGUUGACAUUUCUGGGUUUGCUGUGGCUCAGAAGUAGAGCGUGUCACCUUCCAAUCGAAGGAUUACCAUUUAGAUCCCAGACCUCCGGUCCGCAUGUGUCUCAAGACAAUGAACCCUAUCGGUGUGUCAAUAUACAUUAAUAUGGAUAGCUUUAUUAGCCUGAUGAACAUGUGGCCCCUUGGUGUGUAUGAAUGUUUGAAUGAUGUAAUGUAAUAAAAAAUACAGCACUUAAGAAGGUGGGGAGACAUGAGUCGCCGGUUCAUGUCAGUGUCGUGUGUAAAGUUAA